AUGGCCCUUAGAACUACUGCAGUUGCUUGCAACAGUAUGAAAAAGUGGGCUUACAGUCUCGCUGGCUUCAAUCGUUACGGACUUAUGCGCGACGACGUUCUCUAUGAAACCGAAGAUGUGCAGGAAGCACUUCGCAGGCUCCCAAACCAUGUCAUCGAUGAGCGCAACUUUCGGCUGAUCCGGGCCGUACAACUCAACGGGUCGAAAGUGGUCCUGCCCAAAGAGGAAUGGACCAAAUUGGAGGAAGACUAUUUGUAUCUGUCCCCCAUGGUGGAAGUAGUGAAGAAAGAGAGGCUUGAACGUGAGAAAUGGGAAAGCGUCUAUUGA